AUGAGUCGACAGGCCCCUCUCCGGGUAGCUGUCGUCGGAACGGGAUUGGCCGGGCUUAGCACCGCAUAUCUCUUGCAAAAUGACGAACAACAUCGAUAUGCAGUGACCUUAUUUGAACAGGCUGAGAGCCUGUCUUUCGACUCAGCAUCGGUUGCAAUUCGAGAGGAGAGCUCGGGCAGUAUUGAGAGGAUCGACCUUCCAAUGCGCGCACUCGCCGGAGGAUAUUAUCCGAACGUGAUGCGCAUGUAUGACCACUUGGGCAUCCCGUAUCAUCCCAUCCGCUUCUUGUUCUCAUUCGCCAAAUCACUGCCUGCACGCAAGCCUGAUACGAUAGCAUCGGGAAAGAACCAGGCAACUCUGGAUGGCGCCAGCGGAGUGCCUGGCGAGUACUUUGUCCACGCAUCCAAUUUGCACCAAGUCCCACCUUGGCCGGGAAACCGCGGGAUUUUGGCGCAUUUCGUAGAGAUACUGUGCCUGAUCAUAUGCCAGUUCUGGUUCACAGUGGCAUGCUUCAUGGUGCACCCCUUGACUGAGGGGUCUGAUGGGGGAGAGACAUUUGGCGACUAUCUGAGGAGAAUAUGGCUACCGCGACGGUAUGCCACACACUACCUUCUCCCACUCAUCAGCAGCGUUUCGACGUGUACGCAUGCUGAGCUUCUGGCGUUCCCUGCCAGCGACGUUGUCGAGUACAAGAAACGCUCGCAUGGACAACAGCACUACACUGUCUGCGGCGGUGUCCACCAAGUUGAAGGAAGAUUGGCAAAAGAAAUGAAAGACGUCCGACUAGGAGCGUGUGUUGCAGAGGUAGCCUCAACGGCUGAUGGAAGAGUGAGACUCCGUUGGCAGUCGACGGAGAACGCAGCUGGACAGAUUUUGGAUGACGUAUUCGAUCGGGUUAUUCUCGCUGUGUCGCCGGAUGUGGCUGGCAAGAUCUACCAACCCCUACGCGACAUUCUCGAGCCAUUGCCAACAAUCCGCGUGGAGAGCUCAGUUCUCCGUCCGCUCGAUGCAAAACCAAGCCAGUCGUUCACUCUCAUGGAGGAUGAAGGGAGACAUCCGAAAGCUUGUUCACAUCAUCGUGGAAAUGUCAUGCCGCCCCAAGUUAUCUGUCUCAGAACCGACUUUUCCGCAAAAGAAGCUGCGCGGACAGAGGCUUUACACACAAUGCCUGGAGGAACGGUCGUGAGCACUUGCCCGCUUAACGUACAGGCCGAUGCGAAGAGGGUACUGCGGACAGCAAGGUUUACGAGGACCUUGAGGACGUGUCAGAGUAGGGCAGUUAUCCGAAAGAUCAUGGGUGAGGACAGGAAUCUGGACAAGAAGAAUGACCAGACCGCCGGCAUGGGUGACUGGACCAAUGGACAAGAUAAUGUGUGGUUAACCGGGGCGUGGUGCUGGGAUGGAAUGGUCCUACUUGAAGGCAAGGGGGGCUUUGUUGGUUUGUUGGUUGUUGGUCCGUUGGUUGGAGGUGACAUCGGACCUCCGGUGCCGAACCCUGCCGCAUCCUUCGCUGUUCCUGCCUACAGCUGGCGCCAAGUCUAUCUACACCUGGCAGCUUUCUCUGCAAAUGUCUUCCCACAACUAACUUUCCUUCACCCUCAUCUCACAAGCGGACAUGGGUUCAUUCUUAUUCAUACAAUGACACUACCAAUUGACGCCGUUCCUGACUUCUGGAAAGGUGUCUUACUAGGCGCGACUGGCUGCACAUUUAUAAUUUUGAUAGUCACCUUGGCAUUUACUGUUACUUUUCUUCGGCGGAAAGACGUCUACGACAAUGAUCACUGGAAGCUGAACCUCAAAGUGCCGUUCACCACCAUGUGGAUGAACAUGGGUUAUUGGACGAGUGCCGACAACCUACGCAUUACAGAUUUCGAGACAGCCUGUCGCAAUUUGCUUUUAGAGGUCCUCGAAGAAGCCCAGAUUUGUAAAGAUGUAGUUCGGUCUUCGGCAAUAUCUAUUCUAGACCUAGGUGUUGGCUGUGGUGACCAGUCCCUGGAGCUUGCACUACUAAUUAACGAGCGAGGUGUGACCAGCUAUCGAUAUGUAGGGCUCACUCUCAACGAGUCCCAGUAUCGAUUGGCCUCAAAUAGAGCCCAAUUGCAGGCUCAAAAGCUCAAAUUAGAAGAUGGAAGUGUCGAGGUAUUUUGCGCUGACGCUGCCAACCCCGACACCUGGGGCGCGCACGUAAAGUCUGCGGUCAGAUCUUUGAAGGAGGACAGCGCCGACCAACAACGAUGGGUUCUAGCGCUUGACAGCCUGUACCACUUCUAUCCCUCCAGAAAGCCAAUCUUCAACUAUGCCGCGCAGACACUCGAUGCCUCGUUCAUGGCCUUUGACUUGAUACUGAGCGACGGAGCGUCUUUACGACAGAGGUUCCUCGUCAACCUCAUUGGCCUGGCGAUGGGUUGUCCUGCUGCUGCUUUUGUUACAGUGUCAGACUACAAGAAGCAGCUCCUUGACGCGGGUUAUGAUGAAGAUGAUAUCCAUUUCAAAGAUAUCACGGAACAUGUCUUCUCUGGUCUCGUCAGUUAUAUCAAAAGUCAGAGUGAAGCGUUACAGCCGUUUGGGAUCUCAGCGGGGAAGUUCAAGGUUGCAGCAAUGGUGUUUGACUGGUUCGCUGAGUCAAACGCAAUGAGGGGAACGAUUGUGAUUGCGCGCAAGAGAUCCAAAACCCAAGGAGAAGCAUCGGAUAUGAAGGGAAGAGCAAAAUGA